CUCUCUCUCUCUCAUGUUUUUGUAGGAUUAUUCCACUUCUCGUUGCUCUCACAUUCCCUUCUCGUGCUUCUCUCUCUAAACCGGAUUGGUAAAGUUAGGGCUUUCUGCAAUGGGUUGAGACUUGGGAGACUUUCUAUAUUCGCGGAAAGUUUUCUCUGUAAAGGGUUCCUGAAUGUUGAGGAGGAUCCUUUGUUUACAGUGGAAAUCAAUGUCUAGCAGAUCAAGUUUACCUCAUUUUCUGAUAUAAUACUCACAUCCCACUUCUGAGAGGCAGGAAAAGAAUGGAUAGAUCGGAUACAUCAGGUUUUGUAAGCGGCGGAGGUAGUUUGUAUGGGUUCGUUUCCCCUGUUUUCUUCAUUUUAAUGUAUGGAUUUUAGAAAUUUAUUCGAUAGCAUUCUUUGGCUAGUAGCUAAUUCAUCUCUUACAAGAAUUUAGCAUAGGAAUUUGAGUGGGAGCUUGAAAAGAGUAUAAAAUAAAAAUGCAUCCCUCUGUCUCAAGAGACUUUACAAGGGUUAGUAAUGCUGGAGAUACUACUUUAAGGUUGGACGGGUUUGGAUACGGGGCACGUGAGACUGUCACGAUAGGUAAUAGUCAAACCAGCAAUGGUGUUCACGUUAAUGCUCCAGAUGAUGGAUGCAAGUUAGUUCUAGGAUUGGGCCCAACACCAAGUGCUUAUUCUGAUGAGUAUUCGCCUACCGGAGGUAACAAAUCUGGUGAAAUGCUUAGCCAGAGCCUCUCCUUUCAACGUGAUCUGAUGUUGAAACUAGGUCUGUGCAGUGGUCCUGAUGCAGUUAAGAAUAUACUUGAGUUCUCGGCAUCCAACCACAGCCAUCGUGAUACAAUGCAUCUUAUACCUUCAGACAGCAACAGGUUUGCGGUUCCAAUUGUUGAUGAGGGCUCUACUUCAGCCAAGAAAUCCGGGGGUUACAUGACCCAACUAAUUUUGGCACCAAGAGUUGAUAAUACCGAGAUUUUGCAGUCAACGAAUAAUUCGUUGGAGCAUGGUGCUCAAUCUCACCACCAAACUUCUCAGAUGACAUCUGAGCCUUCGGGUAUUUCGAGUUACUCCUUGAGUGCGAUAUCCGAGCCAGGGAAUGCUGCUGUGUCGUCGAAUAGCAGAGGCGGUAAUAUGAAUAGAUGCAAGUUUAGUGGAUGUACGAAAGGCGCAAGAGGAGCAACGGGGUUGUGCAUAGGACACGGGGGCGGGCAGAGAUGCCAGAAGCCCGGGUGUAACAAAGGCGCAGAGAGCAGGACGGCCUACUGCAAAGCCCAUGGUGGUGGGAGAAGGUGUGAGCAUCUCGGCUGCACUAAAAGCGCUGAGGGAAACACAGAUCACUGCAUUGCACAUGGUGGAGGGAGACGCUGCUCGCAUCCGGGAGGGUGCACAAAGGCAGCUCGUGGGAAGUCUGGUCUUUGCAUCCGACACGGUGGGGGGAAGAGGUGUAAGAUCGAAGGCUGUGCGCGUAGCGCUGAGGGUAAGGUCGGUCUGUGCAUCUCUCACGGGGGUGGGCGACGCUGUCAUUUCCUCGGCUGUGGAAAGGGUGCUCAGGGAAGUACCGCGUUCUGUAAAGCGCACGGUGGUGGGAAGCGGUGCGUGUUUGCAGGCUGCAACAAGGGCGCGGAGGGGAACACGCCCCUCUGCAAAGGGCACGGAGGUGGGAAGCGCUGUAUGUUUGAUGGUGGCGCGAUAUGCCCUAAGAGCGUGCACGGGGGCACGAAUUUCUGCGUGGUACAUGGUGGAGGGAAGAGGUGCGCGGUUGCAGGGUGCACCAGGAGCGCCCGUGGCCGGACAGAUUGUUGCGUGAAGCACGGUGGCGGGAAGCGGUGCAAGUUCGAAAACUGUGACAAGAGUGCGCAGGGCAGUACCGACUUCUGCAAGGCUCACGGUGGCGGGAAGCGCUGCAGCUGGGGAGAUGGGAAGUGCGAGAAGUUCGCGAGGGGGAGGAGCGGCCUCUGUGCUGCGCACACGAGCCUGAGCAUGAGCAUGCUCAAGACGAACAGCGGAGGGAUGCUCGGCCCGGGGCUGUUCCACGGCUUGGUGCAUGCGAGCGGGAGCAAGUUCGAUAAGUCGUGCUCGUCGUCUGGCGUGAGCGUCCUCUCAGACUCGCUUGAGAAGACGGAGAAGCGACAGCCGCUGAUCCCGCCACAGGUGUUGGUUCCUUUGUCGAUGAAGGCAAAGCCAGCGGAGCAGCCGGAGAGGAGCAGCGGCGGCGGGAGGAGCGUAGAUUUGGUUGGGCCGGAGGGGAGAGUUCACGGCGGUGGACUACUCUCCUUGCUAGGAGGAAAUCUAAGUAAUGCAAUCUAGUUGUAAAUUGUUGUGUAAAUGCUUCACCAACAUUAACUUGAUCAUGGGAGUUAUUGUGUUGUAAUAUAGUUAAAUGUUUAAUAAAGUUCUAAUUAUAUAUGCUGCAUAGAUAUGUAUGCAUAGGCAA